AUGAAGUCCUCAAAUGUGGAAUUCAUCGUGAAGAGCUUCACCAACUCGCUAGCCUUUAAAACUCACGACGUAAUUGAUGGCGAGAUCCUGUUUACACCUGUUCAAGAAACUCACGUCGAAGACAUAAGCAUCACAUUCAAAGGCAUGACACGAAUCGAACCCGAGGACAUGAGCAUACAUCUUCCCCUGCCCCCUAGGCAAAUUCACAAACCCUUCCUAAACAUGGAGUUACCGAUUUUCGACUGUAUUGAGGAUACAAAAACUUUUAAACCUGGGCAGAGCUACCGAAUUCCCUUCAUGUUCAUCGUGCCCGAGGUGAUUCCUAUACAUGCCUGUCAUCACCAAUGUGCCAAUCAGCAAAUCCAACAAGAACAUCUGCGCCUGCCUGCAAGUCUCUGCUACCGCGCCACUAAAGCCUAUGAACCCCACGACAUGUCACCAGAAAUGGUGCAAAUGGUUUAUGGAAUCAACUUUGCGCCCUGGCAGCGAGGCGGCAAGGCGGGAAGGCUGAGGAAAAUCCAGGUAUCAACGCAUCCCGUGCAAAUCCUCCCAACACGAGAUGAGCAUCCUCCAAUCCUCAUUCCAAGCAAGAACAGGUAUUACAGGCUACGGGCAGAGAGGUCUUUGUUUACAGGGAUGCUGCGGCAUGCAUGCGGCAAACUCGCUGCUUGUUCUGCCCAACCAGCGGCGAUUCAACUGCAAAGUCUCUAUCCAACGAGAAUUGAUGCGUCAACAUCUGUGAAUAUUGAUCUUCGGUUUGACCCUUCUCAUUCAGGUCAGUUGCCACCAAGUCUGCUUGCCACCGAAUUUCAGUUGAGGGCGAUGACCUUCUUUGGGCAGGAGCCAUGGCAAGAUUAUCCAGAUCGAAGUCAAGUUUCAACAUGGGGUACACGACAAGGCUUUUGGUCUGAUCGUGUGACACUGAUGGUAAAGAAUGAGAUCAAAACGGACUGGAAGGCUCAAAAAGAAAGGGAGGGUAUGAUCUUCACUGCAUCGGUUGAGACUUCGGUUUCACUGCCUCCCCAUCGACACUAUCCACCCACUUUCGAUUCAUGUUUCGUCUCUCGAGCCUAUUCCCUGAAGGCCAAAAUAUUCUAUCAAGUACCUGGAAAGGCUCGGAGUAGAUCAUCCAUCUCGGUUUCUGUCCCGGUGGAGAUUUGUGCAACAUGA